AUGUCCUGCAAUUUGGCAAACAUCAUCAGUACAACUCAAUCAUUUUACGUAAUCACAUCGUUACAAGAGUUUUACAAACAAAGGCAACAUUAUUUUACAUCUUUACAUUUUAAAAAGCCGCUUAUAGCUCAAAUGGCACCUCAAAACUUAUCUUUAUCGAUAACCAGGGCUGCACCAAAAUCUGUGGCAGCCACAAAGAACAUGAUACAACGCCGAAAGCCAUUACCAAUCUCACCUUUAUCGACAAACAGCCAUAUUAUCACCAGUUCUAAACCAAAAUCUGAAGCAGCCAAGAUGCAACAACAACAACCAUUACAGCCUCAACAAAAACCAUUAAAACCUAAACCAUUACUGCCUCAUCACCAACAACAAUUGCAGUUUCAGCAACAACAACACUUACAGCUUCAGCAACACCAACAACUCCAGUUUGAGCAACAAUUACAGCUUCGGAAACACAUACAUCUUCAACAACAACAAGCAUUGCACAUUAUGCCAGUACAGCAGCCCCAUCUGCUACAAGAUAAUCUGCAACCUACGCUGUUACUGCAACAACUGCCGCUUCUACCACAUCAACUUCUAAUGCAACAAGAGCAUCAGCAACUUCUACUAAAACAGCAACAUGAGCAACUUAUGUUAAAACAGCAACUCCAGAAUCAACCACAACACCGACCAUUGCACCUUCUGCUACCGCCAGGCCAGCUUCUGAAACUAAACAACGGACAUUUUAUCCAACUAACACCAGGACAAAUUAUGCAACUACGUAUAGAGCAGAUUCCGCCACAACAAUUAGAGCAGCUUAAGCUACAACAGGCAGCACGGAAGCUUCAGCAAAAGCAACAAUUACAGCAGCUCCUGCAACAACAACAACUACAGCAGCUUCAGCAAAAAGCACCACUACAGGUGCAACAAAACCAACCAAAGCAGCUUCAACAACAAGCUGCACCACUGCAGUUGCAGCAACAAAAACCAUGUCAGCUUCAGCCACUACAGGCGCAACAACAACCACAUCAGCUCCAGAAACAACAACCAUUACAGCAGCUUCAGCAACAAGCUACACUACAGGUACAACAAAACAAACCAAAGCAGCUUCAACAACAAGCUGCAGCACUACAGGUGCAGCAACAAAAACCAAGUCAGCUUCAGCCACUACAGGCGCAACAACAACCACAGCAGCUACAGCAACAAGCUGCACCACUACAGUUGCAGCAACAACAACCACGUCAUCUUCAGCCACAACUACCAAUGCAACGUUAUCAACCGACACCACAAUGGCCAAAAUCUUGCUACCUCAUUUAUUUACAUCGUGCUGAGCUGAAAAAGCGUAAAAAGAAAUCUGGACGCAUAACUCGCUCCAAAUACCAAUUGUCAAAUGAACUCAUCAGAAAAAACUUGAUAAAUAUUCAUAGAUGUACUCCAGAUUAUUUGGAAACUUAUUGUGAGCACAUGAAUUACCAGAAGGUUUUGUCUAAAGAAAUUCUACGCUUAAAACGAACUGAAUUCGAGGAAAUCGAAACAAAGCAAAAUCGAUCUAAUACAAAAUUGCAACAAAGACAAAUGCUACCACCAUUCCUGGAAGAGCUGGAACGACAACAAAAUGAGGAGAGUGAUGAUGAUGAUGAGCAGCAGCAAUAUGAGAAGAGUGAUGAUGAUGGUAUUGAAGCCAGCAAAGAAAAUAUUAAAAACUCGAGUUAA